CCAGAUGCGAGCGCUGCGGCUGGGCGCUAAAGAUCGGCCGCUGCCUGCCUGGAUUCCACAGCCUCGCGCCGCGUACUGUCGCGCCAUCCCUGCGAGCCCCGGCCUGCCAAGCAGCGUGCCCCGGUGGCGGGCGUCAUGCAGCGGGCGCGACCCACGCUCUGGGCCGCUGCGCUGACUGUGCUGGUGCUGCUCCGCGGGCCGCCAGUGGCGAGGGCUGGCGCGAGCUCUGCGGGCUUGGGUCCCGUGGUGCGCUGCGAGCCGUGCGACGCGCGUGCACUGGCCCAGUGCGCGCCUCCGCCCGCCGUGUGCGCCGAGCUGGUGCGCGAGCCGGGCUGCGGCUGCUGCCUGACAUGCGCGCUGAGCGAGGGCCAGCCGUGCGGCAUCUACACCGAGCGCUGUGGCUCCGGCCUCCGCUGCCAGCCGUCGCCCGACGAGGCGCGCCCGCUGCAGGCGCUGCUGGACGGCCGCGGGCUCUGCGUCAACUCUAGUGCCGUCAGCCGCCUGCGCGCCUACCUGCUGCCAGCGCCGCCCGCUCCAGGAAAUGCUAGUGAGUCGGAGGAAGACCGCAGCGCCGGCAGUGUGGAGAGCCCGUCCGUCUCCAGCACGCACCGGGUGUCUGAUCCCAAGUUCCACCCCGUCCAUUCAAAGAUAAUCAUCAUCAAGAAAGGGCAUGCUAAAGACAGCCAGCGCUACAAAGUCGACUAUGAGUCUCAGAGCACAGAUACCCAGAACUUCUCCUCCGAGUCCAAGCGGGAGACAGAAUACGGUCCCUGCCGGAGAGAAAUGGAAGACACACUGAAUCACCUGAAGUUCCUCAACGUGCUGAGUCCCAGGGGUGUGCACAUUCCCAACUGUGACAAGAAGGGAUUUUAUAAGAAAAAGCAGUGUCGCCCUUCCAAAGGCAGGAAGCGGGGCUUCUGCUGGUGUGUGGAUAAGUACGGGCAGCCUCUCCCAGGCUACACCACCAAGGGGAAGGAGGACGUGCACUGCUACAGCAUGCAGAGCAAGUAGACGCCUGCCGCGAGGACACCUCUCAGCACCUAAGCUGUCAUUCAUCCACAUGCAAAGUGAAGAUUUUCAAAGUUAGGCUUUGCCCGUGAAGUCUGGAGGUCCAUUUAUCUUCACAGGGAAACUGUUUUAAUCCGCAAGAACCUGCUACAGAUACGUGUAUCUAAAUUAAAAAUGUGAAUGUGAGACAGCUGAAAUAGCUCAGUUGGGAGAGCAUCAGUCUGAAGAUGCGGCUUUUUUUUCUGUAAAAUAUAUUAUGAAUGUUCUGUUAGUCUGUGGCUAAUAUAAUUUUAAUAAAGUUCAUUUAAAUCUGGUAGAAAAAUGAAAUUUUAAACAAUCAUUUUAGAGAAUGCUAUUAUACCCAGUAUUCUGUUUUCUUUUAAUAAAUGAGGGAACUAUUGGGGGAAAGAAAUAAAUACAUUUUCUUUCAUUUUAUUAAGACAAAUUUAGUAAGCAAAAGAAAUUUGCACGUUUAGUUAGAAGGGUUUCUUUUUUCCUUACAAGUUGGAAAAACAUAAUUCUAAUUUGAGGGUAACUCUUUGACAGUGAACCCUGUGAGCAGCAGAUGGUACUUGUUGUUGUGUUUAAAAACAUGGGUUGAGACCCUAGCCCUGCACUUGCAGGCCUAGUGCCAUUAGCCUGCAGGCUGUGCUGGAUAUCUCAGGGCAAGAGUUGAGCCCUUUUGAUUUUGGGGGGAUUAUUUCAAUAUAUUUCUUUUUCUUUUUGUUUUAGUUAAUGUGGAGCUCAAAUAUGCCUUAUUUUGCACAAAAGACUGCCAAGGACAUGACCAGCAGCUGGCUACAGCCUCGAUUUAUAUUUCUGUUUGUGGUGAACUGAUAUUUUUUUAAACCAAAGUUUAGAAAGAGGUUUUUGAAAUGCCUAUGGUUUCUUUGAAUGGUAAACUUGAGCAUCUUUUCACUUUCCAGUAGUCAGCAAAAAGCAGUUUGAAUUUUCUUGUUGCUUCCUAUCAAAGUACUCAGAGACUCAAGCACAGUACCCAGACUUCAUCCCCCCGUGGAAUGCUCACCACAUGUUGGUCGAAGCAGCCAACCACUGACUUCAUGACUUAGGCGGCUGUGUUGCCUAUGUAGAGAACACGCUUCACCCCCACUCCCUGUACAGUGUGCACAGGCUUUAUUGAGAAUAGGGAAACCCUUACACCCCGGUCAUCCGGACAUCCCGACGCAUGCUCCUGGAGCUCACAGCCUUCUGUGGUGUCAUUUUUGAAACAAGGGCUUGGGUCCCUCAACCAAGAAUAAUGUUUAUAUCUUCAUUGGUCUGUACUGCUUGGGGACUAUUGGAGAAAAUAAGGUGGAGUCCUACUUGUUUAAAAAAAUGUAUAUCUAAGAAUGUUCUAGGGCAAUCUGGGAACCUAUAAAGGCAGAUAUUACGGGCCCUCCUUUUCAGGAACCUUCCUGAAGACAUGGCCUAGUUGAAGGCCCAGGAUGGCUUUUGCUGUGGUCCCAUGGGGUAGGAGGGACAGAGAGACAGGGAGAGUCAGCCUCCCCAUUCAGAGGCAUCACAAAUAAUGGCAUGAUUCUUCAGAUGAUUGCAGAAAAUAGUGUUUCGUAGUUCAACAACUCAAGACAAAGCUUAUUUCUGAGGAUAAGCUCUUUAAAGGCAAAGCUUUAUUUUCCUCUCUCAUCUUUUGUCCUCCUUGGCACAAUGUAAAAAGGAAUAGUAAUAUCAGAGCAGGAAGGAGGAAUGGCUUGCUGGGGAGCCCAUCCAGGACACUGGGAGCACAUAGAGAUUCACCCAUGUUUGUUGAACUUAGAGUCAUUCUCAUGCUUUUCUUUAUAAUUCACACAUAUAUGCAGAGAAGAUAUGUCCUUGUUAACAUUGUAUACAACAUAGCCCCAAAUAUAAUAAGAUCUAUACUAGAUAAUCUUAGAUGAAAUGUUAGAGAUGCUAUAUGAUACAACUGUGGCCAUGACUGAGGAAAGGAGCUCGUGCCCAGAGGCUGGGCUGCUCUCCCAGAGGCCAAACCCAAGGAGGUCUGGCAAAGUCAGGCUCAGGGAGACUCUGCCCUGCUGCAGCCCUCGGUGUGAACACACGCUGCACAGAGGUCUCCUUGAAAACAGAGGGGUCUCAAGACAUUCUGCCUACCUAUUAGCUUUUCUUUAUUUUUUUAAUUUCUGGGGGGAAAAGUAUUUUUGAGAAGUUUGUCUUGCAAUGUAUUUAUAAAUAGUAAAUAAAGUUUUUACCAUUAAAAAUAAAAA